CAUUUAAAUUCAUUCUCUCGUCGUCCUCACGCAGCCGAGCACACCAAUGGCGAUUUCUUCGUCAAACUUUCUAGCUUCUACUCUCCACUCCGAUUUCUUCAGAUAAGAUUAUCAUCUCAUUCUCUUGGCUCCAUGAUCUAUUCAUCACUUUCUCUCUCGCUCUAUGAUUUUGGAUCAUUUUCUGUCAUUUUCACUCUCUAACGUGUUUUAUAUAUUCUUAAUUCUUGUUUUUAUUAAUGAUUUAGGUUACUCACAUUCUCUACGUAUGAGCUUGUGUUUCUCUAUGCUUCUGAUUUUUGAUGUUUUGUUUUUAUAUUGUUUGUGUUUUUUUAUAUUUUUUUGGUUUCGUUAUGAUUAGCAAACUUGCAUCCCUUGUUUUUUGCGCUCUUAACUACUUCAACAUGUUUGGUUUAGUGUCUGUUGAGAGGGUUUUGAUUGGUUAGCUGAGUCCUGAUUUGAAACUUUUAAGGGGCUUAUAUAGAUAGGAUGUGGAUCAUGUGAUCAUGUUUGAUGUUUUGUUAUCAAGCAAUUGUGUAAUUUGUCAACAAGGAUGGAGCUAGUAUAUGAAAAAAAAAAUUGAGGAAUAAGAUUAAAUUUUCUUUACCAAUGUAGGCUUCCCAUCUUUAUGUUGAAUUUGAAUACUAGAGAAGUAUCAAACUUUUAACUUUAUGUUUUGAAGAAAUUGUCAAAGAGUGAUGAACUUGGAGAUGUUAGUCUAUGGUAGUAUAAUUUAAGAAGCAAGUUUUCCUUUUGGGCUAGUUAUCUAAAAUGGCAGAGAAUUCUUAAGAAUAUAAACGAUAGUCAUGGCUGUAAAUGCAAAUCUAUGCUGAUCCAAUCCUUGGUGUUUGUAGUUUCAUAUUUAUUGUUUUUCAAUUCCAGGGUACUGACCGUAUAAAUAGUAGAGGGACUAGAGUUAGAUCCAAGUAUUCUAUUAUGUACUUUAGGUUCAAGUACUCUGUCUGUUUCUCAAGUGAACUUGCUAUUUCUUUUCUUCAUUAUUUGGAAAUUAACCACGGUGGAUUAUGGUAAGAGAAGAGUAUAUAAUUAUCUUUUAAUUAUGUUUUUUAUAGAUUAUUUUAUAAGCCAGUUCAAUUAAAGGAUGUGUCUCAAAUAUUGUGUAUAUAUAUUUUAGCAUGAGUUCUGGCUUAUCGAGAAAUUAUGCAGAAGCUUGUUGACCUGAUUGGAAUCACAUCCAUUAUGGAGUAAUAGAUGUAUAUUGCGUUUUACUCUUUCUUGAUGUUUAAUAACUUCAUUUUUUUUGUCUUCUCUGUUUUGAUAUGACUUAACAUUAGACAACCUUUAGACUUUUUAUUACCACAACUCUUUAUUAUAGAAAAACUCUUCUAAUUGACACAUGUAUUAAUUUAUAUAGAAUGGAAUAUUGAUUCAAGGCUACUUGACUAGAUUUUUAUAAGUUUACCAAGAUAGGCUUCCCAUCUUUAUGUUGAUAUUGAAUACUAGAGAAGUAUCAAACUUUUAACUUAUAUUGAGUACUAGAGAAGUAUCAAACUUUUAACUUAUCAUUUCUCUAGUUAAAACUUUUAACUAGAGAAGUAUCAUUAUGGAGGAUAUUGUUUAAUGACAUGAUGGUUUUGAAGGAAUUUCUUGAACAAUAAAUUAAUCUGUUCAUUUACUUUCUUUUGCAGAGAAAGAUUACACUAUGAUAUAUAAGAAUCAGAUGUAGUUUUAGAAGUGUGAAGAGAGUAGCUUUUGGGCCUUAUCACUAGAUGGCAGGUGUUGAUAAUGAAGUUCUCAUUAUUGAGAAUAAUGAUGAGGCUUUUUGUUUGGACUCAGACAUGAAGAAAUUUUGAUUUUGUUUGGACUCAAAGACAUGAAGAAAUUUUGAUUGAACUUAUGGAAGAAGUUUUAAAGGAAAAUAGGAAUACCACAACCUUUACAAAGCAAUCAAGGAAACGUAUAAAAGAAGAGUUUUGUGCAUAAGCAAAAAGAAAUUACGGUGAUAUCCAAUUAAGGAACAAAUGCAAUCAAUUAAAGCAAAAGCAUAAGGAUUUUAAGAAUAUACUGAUGAGACUAGUAUGAGACACACUGUAGUGACAGGACAAGUUAGUGCGACUGAUGAAGUUUGGGAUAGACUUAUUCGGGUUAACAAGUCUGCUAAAAGAUUUAGAAAGAUAGGCUGUAUCUUUUAUGAGAAAUUAUGCACUAUCUUUGGUGAUACUAUUGCAACUGGUUCCAAUGCUCAUCCUUCAACUCGAAGUCCUUCUAAUGAUGAAGAUAAUGAUGAUGAUGAUGAUGCAGCGUUGAUAACUCCUUCUAGGAAUGAAGAAAGUAGUUUUGAUGAGGAUGGUAGCAAAAGAAGAGGUCGGUGCAUUGAAUCGUGAGUUAAAUGCUAAAAGAAGAGGAAAUGGUGGAAAAAAUUGAGCUUUUGGUGAUUGUAUGACUCAAAUCGGUGCUAAGGAUGAAUUAUAAUAAGUUUUUGAUGAAGGAAGGAUGUCAAAAGGUUAGAAUCUGAAAAAAAAAAAUAGAAUGCCGUCACCGCCACUCUAGCAAAGCCAGAGGCUGAAGGUUUACUGAAAGGAAUUAGAGUAGCGACUUGGUCAAUAGAGUCACGACGCUAGUGGAAGUCAGAGGUGAACCCAGGAGGGCAUCAACACACGGGCCGCAGUUGGGGUUUAGAGAGUCACGGCGUCUAAAGACCUACUUAGACUUUGAAGGGCCUUAAAAAUGACACGGGUUGUGACCUAGGAAAUGCCAAGUUGUGGCCUACCUAUGUAAAAAAGAAAUUCGUGUUUUUUCUUAGUAUAAAUUCAGACUUUAUGUUUAAUUACAGUGAGGUCAGAUUUUAAUUACAAGUUUAGAGAUUUAUUUUGAUUA